AUGCUCCCACGAUCACUUUUCUCUGCGUCGUCCUUGAGACCAGGGACCAGCCAUAGUCAAACUAAUCGUCCCACAACCGUUGCAUCCACUUCUGCCAGGAUAGACGAUCCAACGCAUGACCAAGACCCUGUUGAAGAUUCCACUUCUUCCUCAGAAAGUGAUCAAGAAGAUACAUCCAUUGUGACCAAUUCAAUUUCUACGGACAUGGUUUCUGGUACCCCUCCUACAUCAUGUCAAGGAGAAUUGCAAGAUUUAUUGCUCAAACUCCAGAGGCAACAAACAAAACAGUUUACAUACAUUGAAAAGGCUAAAACGUUGAAUAAAGAAAUUCAAAAAACCAGUCGACAGAUUGCACGUGUUACUAGAUUAAUGGUAGACCAUGCAGCUCAUGCACAACAACCAUUAAUUUACCAAGCAGAAGCAGGUCCAUCUAGUCCACAGCCAGCACUCAACCAUUCGUGUGCUCACCUCCCAAGACAAUCAAAAGUAACUCCAAACCUACAUCUUCGACAGUCUACGAAGGCUUCCUCCUCCUCCUCCUCAGUUACUACACACAAAAGACCUUUACCGCAAGGAAGCGAAGGACACAGGUCCCCAAGACGACUUCGUUCCAACUCUACAAUUCCGGAGCAUAUUAUGCCUCCGCUCUCAAUGCCGCCUCCAGUACCAUACGAAUCCGUGGAAUGGGAACCGGCAGCAUCUGAUAAAUGCGAUCUUUACUUGCGCCGUAGCCAAGCAUCAGAUGGAUCUAGCUUAGCCAAAAAACCUCGAAGUAUAUUGUUCGGUCAACCUGGUCCAAAUGAAUCAGAUGCUAUGGAAAAUCUUAUGCUUAUGACUUCUCUAGACGGUGACCUUCAGUUCUGGGAUUCAUCUACACGACGAAACAUCAAAACUCUUGAAAAAGAUCGAUUUUUUCAGUCAUGGAUUGAAGAUAUCUGCUGGGUUACACCUUCUACUCUUGCUACCUGCCCAGCACCGCGAAGAGAUAAGCUUAUUAUACCAGAUGAUAAUGAGACGGUCUCACUUGUUCACAUUAAAUCUGUCACCGAUACUUCAGUAGAUGGAAGAGUACAAAAACUGAGUGAAUUUCCUCACGAAAAGGGAUUCUCGGUAAUAUCACCCAUUGAUCUUAGCCAUGCAAACACUUCCGCCUAUGAACGCGCUACUUUCAUUACUGGUAGUUACGAUAAGUCUUUAUUCAUCUGGGAUAUGAGGCGUGAAGGCGAAAACGAUGACUUCGAACUUGAAGCUACACACAAUGUUCCUAUUAAGCACACAUCCCAUCCACAAACAUUGUGUUUUAGUAAAUAUCAUAACCGCUUGUUUUCUGGGGGAGCCGAUGAAAAAUUUAUUACCUUUGAUGCCCAAGCUCAAAGGACUAUAUCAGAACUCAAAUUUCCAAGCAGGGUCAACAAUAUUAUCCAGAGUCCUAUAUCUCCAGACUUGCUUAUAAUCAGUCUGUCCACUAGGAAUGAUCAAUUUUCUCUGUAUGAUCAGCGUUGUAGUGAACCAGAUCCUGUUGUAUUGAGAUUUGGUCACCAAGAAACAGUAAAUGUAUCGCGUUAUGUUAGUCCUGACUGGAAUUCAAACGGCCACAUGAUAGUGUGUGGUAGCCAAACAGAACCAAAAAUUCACUUUUGGGAUCUUCGCUACAAUGGUGCUGCUCGCGGCCCUUGCUUUAGCUUUGAGACUAUGGGAAAAUCCAAGAUUCUGAAGUCCAUGUUUUUGCCCAAACGUAACACUGUUUUGUCUGUAUCGUCUACACACAUUAUAACAUGGACUGAUUAUACAGUCCAGCCAGAUUCAAUCAUAAAAACAUUCUGA